AUGUUGUUCUCCUCGUUGCUCUCUGUGCUUGCUCUGCACAUCUUUGGCGCGGCUGCGGCCGACGCCGCCGACGACAGCGCCUCCUCCAACAGGGCUGAUCUCGCCGCCGUCGUCAAGACCACCUUCCCCGACGCCGACAUCCUCGGCGUCCGCCUCGUCAACGGCCGGCCGACCAAGGCCCUCGUCGAAGUCACCAACAAGGAAGAUGGGCCCAUCCAAAUCUCCGUCCUCGCCGGCGUCCUGGCCACCACCAAGACCCUCCCCGAGGGAACCCCCGCCUACCAGGGCAUCAUUCGCAACCUGACGGUCGUGCAGUACAACCACCCCAUCGAGGCCGGCGAGACCAAGAGCUUCACCUACUCCUUCGCCCUCGACAUGCAGCCCCAGGAUGUGAAGCUGCAGAUCGCCGCCGUCAUCACAAACGCCAACGGCGACGUGUACCAGGUCCAGGCCCACGACGGCCUCGCCGCCAUUGUCGAAGCUCCCACCAGCUUCCUCGACCCUCAAAUGUACCUACACAUCUUCCUCUACCUCGUCCUGUCCGCCGCUUUCGCCGGGACCCUCUACUUUGUCUACAAGACCUGGAUCGAGGCCCUCUUCCCGCAAGCCAAGCGCACAAAGUCCUCAUCCAGCGGCCUCAAAAAGGCCAAGAAGUCCGCCGACGCCGACGCCGCCCUCUCCGGCUCCGAGUCCGCUGCCGCCACCACCGGCAGCAAGACUUACGACGAGAGCUGGAUCCCCGACCACCACAUCAACCGCCCCAUCGCGAAGCGCGUCAAGUCUACCCCCAAGAAGAAGGUUGUCGAGUAA